GUGCGAGGAGAGAUACUUCGCUGUUGCACCGGCUGCUGCACCUCAAUUUUGCUCUGCAUCUUUUCUUAUUUUCUCACUGUAACGUCGAGAAUUGUACGUACCCACAUAGGCUAAUUUCAAUCGAGAAAUCGACCCGAUGUCUUUGGUGGUGGAAUACAGCAACAAGAAGCCCAACGAAUGGACGGACGUUGUGAGCGUUCGUCUGUGUUUCAGCGGGGUUAUAGAAGGAGUUGCAGAACCUUCGUUUUUGCUUUUGAGGGAUCUGGAUAGGAGAGGCAAGCCAGUUGAAAAGGACGAGAAUUCAUUUUAAAACACACACCGAUCGGAAAGAAAAACUCCGGUGUGCUUGGAAGGACAGGAUUUAUUAGAAGGGGGGGAAAGUGAGAUAUUUUCCAACUAGUGUACUUAUAUGCGGAUAUUUUUUGCGAGGGCGCUCCAAUGCCCCAUCGACACGAGCCAUCUGGUGUGUGAAUAGAACAGAAUAGGCAAACAGAGGUCUGCAAACAUCACUAAAAAGGUGGACUUUCUUGUGGGGGGGAUUGACGUCACAUCUUGCCCUUUCAUUAGUUUUUUCUCUAAGUCUCAUCGUGAAUGCAUACAAGGCAGAGGAAGAUCUGGACACAACUAGGGAGGAAUUGAACCCACCAGCUGGGUUACAGCACGGAAUCCUCCGUCCAGGCAGCGGACUCAAGCACGCUGCUCUGAACUAUACAGAGGAUUCAUCCCGAGACAAACCCGCAGAGGAGACGCUGGUCCCCGGAUCAGGAUGAGGAGCAGCAGAACCUGAGUGGCCUCCUCAAACAACCACAUCUGAGGACCCCGCCCAUGCUUCAAGAUGGAUUAAUACCCUGAACGCUCACCGCCUCAAAGGUGGCUGUGAUAGGGGCACCCCGGGGCAGGACCCAUGAAGAGUCAUAGAAAAUGCUCCCAACCUGGGCGGCUCUGCUCUUCUUAGCCAUGUGGGGGAGAAGCGCCUUUGGUGGCCCGCUCGCCUUCAGAAUAGCCGCCAUCCUCGAUGACCCAAUGGAGUGCAGCAGAGGUGAGCGUCUGGCCAUCACGCUGGCCAAAGACAGCAUCAACCGCAACAGCAACCGCUCCACCACCGGGAAGCUGGAGGUGGAUAUCUUUGAACUGCUCCGGGACAGCGAAUAUGAGAUGGGGGAGACAAUGUGUCAGAUCAUGUUUAAAGGGGUGGUGGCAGUCCUCGGCCCCUCCGCUAGUCCUGCCUCCAACUCCAUCAUCAGCAACAUCUGUGGCGAGAAAGAGGUGCCGUACGUGAAGGUGGCUCCUGAGGACAUUCUGAAGGUGCAGUUCCCCCGGUUCACCACCCUGGACCUGAGGCCAACCAACACCGACAUCAGCCUGGCGGUGGCGGGCCUGCUCACCUUCUUCAACAGUACCACCGCAUGCCUGAUCUGUGCUCAGUCCGACUGCUUAUUGAACCUGGAGCGGCUCCUCCGCCAGUUCCUGAUCUCCAAGGAGACUCUGUCGGUGCGCAUGCUGGACGACAGCCAGGAUCCCACCCCUCUGCUGAAGGAGAUCCGCGACGACAAGACCGCCACCAUCAUCGUGGACGCCAACGCCACCAUGUCACACAUCAUCCUCGAAAGGGCCUCGGAGCUGGGUAUGAUGUCGGUCUACUACACCUACAUCUUCACGUCUCUGGAGUUCCCUCUGCUGCGAUUGGAUGACGUGGCGGACCAGAGGGUCAACAUAGUUGGAUUUUCGGUCUUUAACAGAACCCACCCCUUCUUCCAGGACUUCCUGCUCAGCCUCAACAGAUCUUGGCAAGAGAACUGUGACCACGCUCCAUUCGCUGGCACACCGCUCUCCUCUGCGUUGCUGUUUGACGCGGUGCAUGUGGUGGUGGCUGCGGUACAGGAGCUGAACCGCAGCCAGAACGUGGGCGCCACAAUGCUGUCCUGCAAGACCUCCAAGAUCUGGGAGCACGGCACCAGCCUGAUGAACUACCUGCGGAUGGUAGAGUUGGAAGGACUGACGGGGCACAUUGAGUUCAACAGCAAAGGCCAGCGGUCCAACUACGCUCUGAGGAUCAUGCAGAACGGCAAGGACGGCCUCAGGCAGAUUGGCCAGUGGCACUCUGAAGAUGGUCUCUCCAUGGAGAGAAAGCUUCCCUCCAUCAACGUAACAGAGACCCUCUUCAACACCACCCUCACCAUAACCACCAUAUUGGAGAACCCGUACGUGAUGCUGCGGCCAAACCACCAGGCGCUGGAGGGCAACGAGCGCUACCAGGGCUUCUGCGUGGACAUGCUGAAGGAGCUGGGCGACAUCCUCAAGUUCAAGUACCGCAUCCGGCUGGUGGGGGACGGCCACUACGGGGUCCCCGGGGCUAACGGCACCUGGACCGGCAUGGUGGGGGAGCUCAUCUCCAGAAAAGCCGACCUGGCCGUGGCCGGUCUGACCAUCACGGCGGAGCGGGAAAAGGUCAUCGACUUCUCCAAGCCCUUCAUGACCCUGGGCAUCAGCAUCAUGUACCGUGUCCACCUGGGUCGCAGGCCCGGCUACUUCUCCUUCCUGGACCCCUUCUCCCCGGGGGUGUGGCUCUUCAUGCUGCUGGCCUACCUCGCCGUCAGCUGCAUCCUCUUCCUGGUUGCCAGGCUGACGCCGUAUGAGUGGUACAACCCCCACCCAUGUCUGAAGGGCCGCUGUAAUCUGCUGAUCAACCAGUACUCCCUGGGGAACAGCUUCUGGUUCCCCGUGGGCGGCUUCAUGCAGCAAGGCUCCACCAUCGCACCGCGGGCUUUGUCCACGCGCUGCGUCAGCGGAGUGUGGUGGGCCUUCACCCUGAUCAUCAUCUCCUCGUACACCGCCAACCUGGCGGCCUUCCUGACGGUGCAGAGGAUGGAAGUGCCCAUCGAGUCAGUGGACGACCUGGCCGACCAGACGGCCAUUGAGUACGGCACCAUGCACGGCGGCUCCACCAUGACCUUUUUCCAGAACUCCCGCUACCAGACGUACCAGCGCAUGUGGAACUUCAUGCACUCCAAGCAGCCCAGCGUGUUCGUCAAGAGCACCGAGGAGGGCAUCGCCCGCGUGCUCAACUCCAACUACGCCUUCCUUCUGGAGAGCACCAUGAACGAGUACUACCGCCAGAGGAACUGCAACCUGACGCAGAUAGGAGGCCUGCUGGACACCAAGGGCUACGGCAUCGGGAUGCCCCCAGGCUCAGUGUACCGGGACGAGUUUGACCUGGCCAUUCUGAAGAUGCAGGAAGACAAUCGUCUCGAAAUCCUCAAGAGGAAGUGGUGGGAAGGCGGCAAGUGCCCAAAGGAGGGGGACCAUCGCGCCAAAGGGUUGGGCAUGGAGAACAUUGGUGGCAUCUUCGUGGUGCUGGUCUGCGGCCUGCUGGUGGCCAUCUUCAUGGCGGUGCUGGAGUUUAUGUGGAUGAUGAGGCAGACGCCCGUCACGGAGCAGUCCAUGUGUGAGGAGAUGCUGCGGGAGCUGCAGGGCAUCGUCCUGUGUCGUGACAGCCUGCAGGUGAGGCGCCGGCGGGGCGCGUCCAUCCUGAGGCCGCGGCCCCUCCCCCUGGAGGAGCGCCGGGCACGGACCGCCGCCGCCGCCGCCAGCCUCAGCAACGGCAAGCUGUGCGGGGGCACCGGGCUGGCAGAGCCCCCCCUCUCCCACAGACUGGCCCAAGAGGCGGCGCUGGUGGCCCGGGGCUGCAGCCACAUCCGCAUCUGUCCCGAGUGCCGACGCUUUCAGGGCCUCAGGAUGAGGCCUCCGGGGGCCACGGGCGCCCUGCCCUCCCCGACACACAGCGACGAAAGCAUAGAGUGGGACAAAACCACCAAUAGCAGUGAACCCGAAUGAGCCACACCAAACACUGUGUGCUGCUGGCGUAACCACACAACAACACAUGUCCUGGACUCUAGCUCACCCCCCCCCCACCCCCCCACCCCCACCCUUCAACACCCAACCCCCACCCAUCCAGUUGUCAACUUUACAGGGAUUUAAACAUCACCUGGUACACAGCUGUCUCUGAGAUUGAUUUCACGGACUAGGACCUUCCUGCGGGGAUUUCUAGCUCAUUAAGGCAUCGUCCGGUAAUGAACCCUGGAAUAUUCUCGCCGUUUUCCUCCUCCUUUUGAUCGAGGAUUGAGGGUUCGGGGGGGGGGGGGCGGACUUGGGGUAUUUAUACCUUCGACAAGAUGUAUCAGUCAUCCCUGUCCGAUAGAGAAAAGACUCAACUGAAGCGUGUGUAUCCAUGUGGACCGUCUGUUGGCCGUCUCUCUUACAUCGACUUGGCAGGAAACAGACUGUUGGGUAUUUGUACUACGCAGUAUUUUUCAGCCAUGUUUCAUUGUGCCGUUUUGUUUUCUUUUUGUAUUCUUGCCCCUCCUCUGUUGUUGCCGUACUGAUGAUUGUUCUUCUAUUGCUCUUCGAUAGACUCUUCAAAAAAACUUUUUAAUCUAGAGACUUAGAAGGUGUACUGCCUCUGGGGAGCUGCAAAAGAACACGUUGAAUAAACAAAUGAUGAAAAAACCCUAGGUCCUUCUUUAGAUACUUUUACUUUGAAAGUGCCAAAAACCAUGUGGAUAUCAGGAGGGGGCCCCACAGCCUUGUUAAAACAGCAAAGAGAACGCUGAAGCGAAUAGACAUGGACUUGUUUUAUAGUAGGGACUAUUCUACGGACAAAAAAAUGUUUUAAUUGUAAUCAUCUCUGAAAGACAGCGAUGCAUGUCAUAGGCCUUGGCAGUAAAUCACAGAGUGAUUUCUAUUUUCGAGGGUGGUCAAAGUGUGAGUAUUAGCAUUCCUAACUGGUGGGAAGGUUUUCUUUGUUAUACACAUUCUUUGUGUACACACACUCACACAACCAUACACACACAUACUGCACAUACAUUCAUACUGCAUACAAUGUUGAAGGCAUUUAUGUUCCGUUGUUCUAUGGGUUAUACUUGUUUGGUUUAUUUACUUUAUCACAAAAAUAUUUCUUCUUAAACAAGACCACUCGAUCCCUGAUGUUGCUUUUUUAAUACUAUUCAUAUUUUUAAAAAGGAAACAUUAAACUUCUGGUCAAUUGUGGACAUAAGAAGCACUUUUCUUGAUUGUUUCGAAAUGUCAAGGCAGUUAAGCCUUUAUGGAAAGUCACGCUACAGUCCCUGUCACAGAUUAGUGGUGGGACGCCACUCUGCAAACGCUUUACUGGUGCAAAGCUAAGAACCAAUUUUCACAGGAUUACAAUCUGAUCUUCUCCAGAGUGUCAACGUUAUUGCAUCAUUAUUUAGAAUUAAAGGAAUGAUUCAAGUAUUAACUUCUUGAGAGCUCUUGAAAUCAUAAUGCAGGAAAGUAAAAUGUUUUACAUUUGUUUUACUUGUAGACUUCCUCAGACUCUUUCCUGAGGUAUUGAGAACAAAGCACCGGUAGAAACCAUCUCCAAAUAUAUUUUUAUGGCGCCGGGUCAGAAAUUAACGAGGACCUUAAGGGUCCAGUAAAAUUCAAAAAAGAUGCCCAUCAUAUAAAUGAUAGCAUGGUCUGGUGACGCCACAUUUUGCCUGUGGUUAGAAUAACAAAGGUCAAAAGAUGCCUUAGGAAUUCAAAUCCAGUGACAAAAAGAUUAUAUUCAAAUCCAGUGCCACAGACAUACAGGACAUUUGGAAUUUCUGACAGGUCAGCGUGCAUGCUGCCUAUGGGGGGAGCCAGCAGCCAUCCGUUCAUCCAGACAUUGCCUGUGUGUGUUUGUGUGCAUGUGUGCGUGCAUGCGUGUGUGUGUGUGUGUGUGUGUG